AACGUUGCACACUGCCAUGUGUUGACCGUUCGUUAUUUCCACUCCUCCCCAGGGACCUCACUCGUUUCGAAGAAAAAUAGCCGUGCCGUCAUUGAUCGGCAGAAUCAACGCCUUGCUACCCGCGCUUCCCACUGUCCCGCCGUUGAGCUCUCCAGCGUACGGCCUAACCCCCGAGAAACAUCACCUUUGCUGUUCCUGUGCCGUUACGGUGCACUGCUAUUGCUCCGAUCGCGCUGCGACCGAGCAGCGCGCCGAAGAUGCGUUCCUUCGGUGUCAAGAUACCCUCGUUUUCGAGCACGACCGAGAACUCUUCGGCACAGCAGGCAGAGCGCGUUGCGAAACCCCUGAUGGCUACCGUUCCUAGGCCAGGCCCCAAUGGUCCCGACGUCAAACCCCGCCUUACCAAGGAGCAACACGACAUUCUCGAAGCACACUUUCAGCAGCAAUCCAAGCCCACCACUAGCGUGAAGAAGGGUUUUGCUGAGAGUCUCAAUGUACCAGUAGACAAGAUCAACAACUGGUUUCAGAACCGCAGGGCAAAGGUAAAGCAGGACCUGAAGAAGCAGCAAAACCAAUACAAUAUGCAGAUGGGCAUCUACGGAACACCCGCAGUAGCCGACGCAAAUUCUUUACCUGCUUCAACCAACGUGGAAACAAACCCGCCGCCGCCGCAACAGCAGCCGAGAAGCCAGGAUCUCUAUCCACCGAACAAUGAUGGUCCGCUGAAUGGCUUACCACUGCAGAACCUGAACGGACAAAACUUUGACCUGACAAUGCAACUUCCCAUCCAUCAGCCGCGUUUUGACAUGCAUGGUCUGCGCUCCAUUCCUGAGACCGACCGCACUACCCCGUAUGCGCCAAAUGCUGUCAUGGAAUCCAUCAUGGCCGCAACUGCAGGUGCUGCCGGAUAUAUGCACCAGCAGUCCGUUUCCAUCCCCCAGCAAGAUCCCAACUUCAUGUAUCCCGGAAGUGUUACGCAAGUGUACCCGGGUGACCUCGCCUUGUCCCUGCCAACCUCUCUACCGAGCCAUUCCGUGCCAACGAUUGAAUCAUUUAACGGAGGCCUGACCGACUUGAACUACGGCCCCGUCAUAGUACCCGAUCCAUCUGGAUCUGUUGAUGUGCAGAACGGCACGGGUUCGACGUCAUCUGAACAUUCACCCUUCACAGGUGUGUCGUCUACCACGACCACAAAUUCAUCAACCGGCCCGACUGCUUCAUCCGUGAACUCAGUUGCAUCAGUCUUCUCUAAUUGGACCGACGAUCAGAAACCGCUGUCAGAGAUACCGCAUGGCAGUGAGGGCGAGGACGCCUUCGAUCCGUCCGGCUUCAUCAUUCCUCAAGGCCCCACACCUGAUGAAACGAUACCUUUCUGGGUUCAACCCGGUCACAACCCAGCCUUCAGUCAACGGGAAAUGUAUCAACAGACCAAUGCCUCGAUCCCGGGCCAAAUGUCUCCUCCAGACCAAAGUGAAGAUCGAAAGCAAAGCAUAAACCAAGUGGACGGCGAUGCAUUACCUGUCUUUGCGGACGACGCGUACUCACGGCGAAACUCAUCCACCACCAAUCUAGCAUCCAAUAUCGAAGCGAUUCAUAUACAGAACAAUCGUACUCCCGAGGGCUUCACGCAGCCUAGUCAGCCUCUGAGCAUAGCCGCUAGGCGUCAAAAGCGACCAACGGCAUUGAAUUCCAACACGCUAAGGAGCGCUUCAUUUACAAGUGGCAUGUCUUCCCCGGGAGGAAACAAUGAGCAAACCCUGCGAAGGAUCAGGUCUUCCACAUCUGGGCUGUCCACCGCCGCUGGUCGAAUUCAGAAGCCGAAUCCUGGCUCGGCACAACGUUCACCGAUGGCUAUGAGCUUCGCCGAAGCCGCUGCUUCUCCAAAAUUUGCCAGGACUUUCUCCUCGACCAGCACGGCCACACUAGCACAAGGCGGAAGUUUAGCACCUCCCACACCUCUGACUCCGAACGAGAUGGGCCAGCUUUCCUAUUGGCAAGCAAACAGCGGUCUAGGAAACCACGGUUUGCCCGACCACAGCAGUCCGGAGAGCUUCAAUGCAAGGUACUCCAUGGAGCCUCCUUUGACGGGCAACUUCGUAACCGCUGGCUCUUCUCCGUCAACGGAGGCUCGCGUGGUCCCGGGGAGUCAUUAUCGUGACACGCCGCCGCAGUCCGCGCCUGCGACCCAACAGGCGUUUCCCCAAGUUGCGUUUGCGCCUCACCCGCCGCCAAUGAUGAGAAACGCUUUCCACUCGACUUCUGACCUCACCAUCGCCCAGCCCAAACCUUCACAUUUGAGAAGGCCGUCCUUGCCAAUUACCACUCCGUCCCAACUAAGCGACCCGUACCUGCAGUUUCCGGUGUCCCUUGGAGACAUGUACAAUCAGAACCUGGGAGAGCUAUCGCUGGACAGCUACACCCACAACGUGCCCUUCGCGCCGCAAGCCACUGUGUCAGACCUUUUUGUGCAUGAGUACGCACCACAGCAAGUGCCAGUCUCAGAACCCUUACGACGGGUCACCACCGAGCCACAACAAAAGAGUUAUGUUUUCGCGAAUCAUGGCCCUAGCGACUUCAAGUGAGCGACCCUUCCAGCAUUGGCAAAAUUGGAUGCGCAUUGUAUUGCUCAGAUGGGAGCCGACAUCUCUGCGAUGGCUGUCGACAAGCGACGC